UUUUCUGCCUGCUAUCAGGAUAGGAGGUAGCAGUUAGAUAGGCAACAUUUAUGCCAGAAAAAUGCAUAAUACAUAAUAAAAGAGUUAAAACCAUCGAGUACCAUACUGCUAGAGUGGAUGAGAGGAGAGAAUAAGCGCAGAGGAAUAUCCGGAUCAUUCAUGGGCGGAAGGUGGUGUGCAGAGUGGCUUUUGUGCUCUUCCCUGGGUUGAAGCAGCAGCUGGCAGAAGACAAAGAGGAUGGCAAUAAGAGCACUCUGGACAACUGAGAAUAACAAGCAACUUUGAAAAGGAUCCACCAAUCAAACUAUUUUCCAUUUCCUUCAAAAAAACCACACAAUUCUCAUUCCCGGCAGCUGAUAGACAAAAGAGAGAAAAUCAAAUUAGAUUCUGAGCUGGAAAAAGUAGAUUAUGUGGAAGGAUACAUUACAUAAAAAGACAAGGGAGAUUAUUUUUUCAUUCAGAAAAAGAGGGAUAUCUCUGGAAUUCAGUGAGGAAAAGGUCAAUUGGAAAGCAAUCGUAGAGCAGACAUUGAUGCAGGCCUUGCUCUGGGAGGAAAAAAAAACAGCUUGAACCAAAGCAGUACUAAACAAGGGAUCCUCCAUAUUUUUAACCUCCUCAGGAUUAUCAGUUGUGGAAAAACUCCAUAGAUGUACCUAUUGUGGGAAAGAGAACUUUCAAAUCACAACUGAUUUUGCAUGAGAGGAUCCAGACUGUAGAGAAGCAAUACAAACUCUCAGUGGGACAAAACCUUUGGUCAGAAGAGCUCCGUUGCGGUUCAUGGAAGAACCCACACAAGAGAGAAGCCCUUUAGUGAUUGUGGCAAAUUGGUGAUACACCAGAAGACACACAGGAAACAUAACCUUUUGAAUGUCCUAAUUGUGGGAAAAUUUUCAAUAAAAAUUUUGACCUCAUUAGCCACCAGGGGAUUCACACAGGAAAGAAAACAUUUGGGUGUUCUGAUUGUUGGAAAAAUUUCACUCAGAAUUCCAACCUAGUGAUAGAGCAGAUGACUCACAUAGGAGGGAAACCCUUUAAAUGUCCUGAUUGUGGGAAAAGUUUCAGUAACAACUCCAGUCUGGUAACACAUCAGAGGACUCACACAGGAGAGAAACCCUUUGAAUGUCCUAUAUGUGGGAAAAGUUUCAGUCAGAACUCCAGCUUGGUGAACCACCAGAGGACACACACAGGAGAGAAACCCUUUGAAUGUCCUGAUUGUGGGAAAAGUUUCAGUCACAAUUACAACUUAGUGAUCCAUCAGUGGACUCACACAGGAGAGAAACCCUUUGAAUGUCCAGAUUGUGGGAAAAGUUUCAUUAGAAAUUCUCACCUCAUGAGGCACCAGAGGAUUCACACAGGAGAGAAACCCUUUGAAUGCCUUGAUUGUGGGAAAAGUUUUGGUCAGAAUUACCACCUUAUGAUACACCACAAGACUCACACAGGAGAGAAACCUUUUAAAUGUCCAGAUUGUGGGAAACGUUUCAUUACAAAUUCACACCUCAUGAGACACCAGAGGACUCACCCAGGUAAUAAACCCUGUGAUUGUCAGAUAGGUUUUAGUCAGAAUUCCAGUCUGGAGGACCACAAGAGGACUCACACAGGAGAGAAACACUUUGAAUGUCCUGAUUGUGGGAAAAGUUUCAAUUGUAAUUCUUACCUGGUGAUACACCAAAGGACGCACACAGGAGAAAAACCCUUUGAAUGUCCUGACUGUGGGAAAGGUUUCAGUCGUAAUUCAAAUCUGGUGAAACACCAAAGGAUUCACACAGGAGAAAAACCAUUUGAAUGUCCCAUCUGUGGCAAAAGUUUCAGUCACUAUUUCAGCCUUGUGAUACACCAGAGGAUUCACACAGGAGAGAAACCAUAUCAGUGUCCAGAUUGUGGGAAAUGUUUCAGUUGUAGUUCUGACCUAAUUAAACACCAAAGGACUCACACAGGAGAAAAACCCUUUGAAUGUCCGGACUGUGGGAAAAGGUUCAGUCGUAAUUUCAGCCUGGUGAUACAUCAGAGGACUCACACAGGAGAGAAACCUUUUGAAUGUCCUGACUGUGGGAAAAAUUUCAGUGAGAAUUCCAGCCUGGUGAAACACCAGAGGACUCACACAGGUGAAAAACCCUUUGAAUGUCCUGAUUGUGGGAAAAGUUUCAGUCGUAAUUCUGAUCUGGUGAUACACCAAAGGACUCACACAGGAGAAAAACCCUUUGAAUGUCCUGACUGUGGGAAAAGUUUCUGUCGUAAUUCCAGCCUAGUGAAACACCAGAGGACUCACACAGGAGAGAAACCUUUUGAAUGUCCUAUCUGUGGCAAAAGUUUCAGUCAGAAUUCCAACCUAGUGAUACACCAGAGGACUCACACAGGAGAGAAAUCUUUCAAAUGUCCAAUCUGUGGAUAUUAUUUCAGGCAUAAAUCAUCCCUUAUUGCACACAAGGAAAUCCAUAUGAGGCAAAAGUAGAUAAGUUUAAAGAAGGCUUGAAUUUUUCAUUUGUGAUUUCCCAUUGAAAUUGUAGGUGAGAAAUUGACUAUUUGAAUUCUGACCUGAUUCUUUUUACUUAAACAUGUCUCAGGAUUACACUUGUAGGUGGGGAGAAAAGAAAAGUGGAAAGGCUAACUAAUUGUUUCUGGUUAUCAGCAGCAGUUUCUGGAUAUUUCAUUUUUGCAGAAGUAGUGGAAUUCCUGAAAAAAGACUUUUGGGUGAUGUGUUUGUAUAUUGAUUAUGGAAUUCCCAUAUCUGGAGUUUCAAUCUUCUACCUUGAUUUCCUCCAGAUUUUGAGCCCCAGAAUUCCCCAGGCAGCAUAAAAGUUGUCCUCAAGAGACAACUAUUAUGGGCCUUGCAAUUAUGGUUGUGUGUUAUAACGGCCGUUAAGUGAGACUGCUUUCCUUAACUACAUGCAUCCCCCUGCUCUCCCUGAUACAACCAUUAAUUGAAUGUGCGAGUUGAUAGGUGGAACACUGGCUUCCUCAAGGCUGGAGAAAACUCUUGGAGGCCUAGAGCAGGGCCUGGCUUGCCUGCCACAGGCAUCCCUAGGCAGGGGUGAAAUGUAAAAUCUGUUACUUCUGGUUCUGUGGGCGCAGCUUGGGGGGGGUAAUGUGACGGUGGGCGUGGCCAACUUUUUUUUUUUUAACUUUUAAAAGCAUUUUUUCUACAACCUCUUUGGCCAAAGAGGCUGUUGAAAAAAUGCUUCUAAAGGGUUCUGGCAAUCCCAACUGAGCUGCUGGAUCCCUUUAAAAGCAAUUUUUUUUAUAGCUUCUUCGGCCAAAGAGGCUGUAGAAAAAAAUGUUUCUAAAGGGUUCCGACGAUUUCAGUUGAGCCGCGCGAUCAUCAGAGGCUUUUUUUUUCCUUUAAAAGCAUUUUUUCGGCAGAAGAAAAAAUGCUUUUAAAGGUUAAAAAAACCAAACCUCUGAUGAUCAUGCGGCUCAGCUGGGCAUGUGGGGGCCCGCGGGGAUUUUUGCUACCGGUUCUCCGAACCACCCGCUGCCAUCGCUACCGGGUCAGGCGAUCCGGUCCGAACCGGGAGCAUUUCACCUCUGUCCCUAGGCCUCCCCCACCCUCCAAGACACCCUGUGCUUUGUUUCCCAACCCUUGUGUCUCCUUGGCCCUUCCAUCCUCCACACAGUCCCCCCCAAUCCUUUCACUUCUACCCCCCCAGGGUCCUCACAGGUUUUUUUCCCACUCUUACUGGGUCUCUGUAAUCCUUACGGUGGACUCCCACUCCACCAGGCCUCAUACCCUCCACCUCCUUACCUUUUGAAGAUCUCUGAUCCUCAUGUUGGAGAAGGGGAGGGACACGCAUCCUUGGAUCUCAUGACUGUGUCCUGGAAGCAGUGGUCAUUUUCAGUGGGCCCUGGAUUUGUUCCUGAGCCAUGCAAUGGACUUGUGGAAGUGGCUGUUAUUUUGCCACACUGUCGCCCAGAAGAGUGACAAACCUCUCUUUUUUGCUACCUUAACAUGAGGGAAAAAAUGUACAGUAUUGAAAAAUAUUUCUUUUUAAAAAUGCAUCAUGUUAGAAUUAUGAGUAGCUUUUGACAAGGGGGAAAAUGGGUAUUGUCGCUUUUGCUAUGAACAUUACAGCAAGGCAAGUUGUUCAGAGUUGCCUCAAAUUGUGAGAUGGGUAGCAAUUAAUAAUUUAAUAAUAGUUUAAUAAUAUAUGAAUUCAAUAAUAAAAAGGUAACAUAAAGCUCAUUUCCAAACUCUUGCUCAGUGAUGAGGACUACACACACACAAUGGAUUUCUAACACAAUUGUUAAUUUGUCUUUUGUGCAUUCUGCAUCUCUAUGACUAAUCUGUCUUCCUCAGCUUCCCUUCCCUCUUCAUUAUAAAUUUAAAAUUUGUUUCAGUCAUACAUCAGUCCAGCCACUCUGUGCCUCUGAUGAUGUGAGCUGCAGUUAGGCUUUUGACUCUUAAUUUAUUUGUUGCAUUACUAUCUGACCUAGUCCUAAAUUCUAUGAAAGAAUGACAUUUCAUUAGAUGCAGUUAAAAAAAUUAGAAUGGAUCUGUUUUGAUUGGCAUUCUUUCCAGAUUCAGGGAUGGUCUUCUUCAUCGCUGCCAGUCUGAGUGGUGGAAAUUAAGACAUUUGAAACUGGAAAACUAAGUUAGAAUAGAAUAACAGAGUUGGAAGGGACCUUGGAGGUUUUCUAGUCCAACCCCCUGCUUAGGCAGGGAACCCUACACCACUUCAGACAAAUGGUUAUGCAACAUCUUUUUAAAAACUUCCAGUGUUGGAGCAUUCACAACCUCUGAAGGCAAGUGAUGCUGUUCCUUUUAACUUUACAACCUCUAAAGCAGCCAUUGGUUGUGCCAAUGGGUCUGUAGCUUUUGGAAAUCAUAGAAUUACAGAGGAUCUGUCUGACUUCCCUGAUGAUUCUCUGAAUUCUGAACCAGAUUCAUCAUGAAAGUUGAGGUCACCAUAGAUGGAGACAGUGAAUAAAGACAAAUGUUUUGAAAAGACUAAAUGGGGAUGGAUUUCUUCAACAUAAGAAGAAUUUGACUGAUCAACUUGAAAGCUGGUCCUGAGUGUGGCACUUGGGGUAUUGGGAGAUGCCUCUUGGAUUCUUCUGGGCUCUGUACUCUGUACUUUUAUUCCUUCUUUUAAAAAAUUGAGAAUUUCGCAAGUUAUU